AUGGCUCUAGAGAUCAGUGCUCUCUCUGCAAUUCACGACUUCGCUGCCUGAGCUCAUCUCCAGCAUACGCCUCAGGAAGAAUUAGUAUUUAUAGACCCCUUUCAGUGCCCUCGAUGUCUCUUACAUUCUCCAGCACCCUCAACUCGAGCACUUUGAUCUUCCAGCACUGCACCAGAACACACACACGCCAAUUUGCCAUACGAAGAACCAACCACCAUGACCAAAACCCUCAGGGCCUCGAUGAGGUCCACCAUCCUCUUGACCAUUGGUCUCCUGGCCGUGAUGUUUGGCAUGUCGGCCGCUCUGCCUACCUCGAACAACACUGUCGGAGGCAACUCCGAUCUCGCGGACACUUCGAUCGACUCUGAACUCAGGGUUUGCCGACUGACACCUCCUUCCGGCCCAUCGUUAUUGGUAGAGAGCGGCGGCGACAGGGACAACGGAGGCAAAGGCGUCCUCCUUCAGAACGCCGACUCUGGUCCCGCUCGCUGGUUCCACUUCUACCACAGCUCCUACGAUAACAUGGUCUACAAGUCGGUCAAGAUCCGAAGCGGGGAAACCGUCUUCGUCUCCCUCUGCGACGGCUUCGAGGGCCGCAUCCAGCGCGGCACCGAGACGAACUGGGAGCGCAGCAUCCAGAAGCUGGGCACCUGGGCCGAGUUCAGCUUCGACGAGGCCGGCCGGGACAUCUGGGGCAACAUCAGCGUCCUCGAGGGCUGCGACGGCGGUGUCGAGAUCGCCACCACGGACGGCUCCAACGUCCGGAAGGGGUUCCGGGAGUACAUCCUCGACGGUGCCCCCUCGAACGCCAUGACGCGCAAGAGGAAUGGCAGCCCCGUCAUCGACAAGCUGGUGGGACACGAUGCCAACAGGGCGGCUGAUGAGUACAUCCGCAGACGGCUGAACCCGUCCAUGGUCGACAUUAGCAAUAACCAGCAGACUGCUGUGAAGUCGGGCAACAUGAGGAUGAGGUUCAUCUUCCACCGGGGUUCGUACGAAGUUGGGGGUUUGCCUUGUCGGGGAGGGAUUACGCACUUCCUCGUCUCACAUCUCUGGAACGGUCAACGUUCAUAGCAUCAGUCUCGUAAUAUACUCACUGAAGUUGUGACAACCAGCUGCCGAG